GCCUCGUCCUUCAGUGACGUGGUGGCGAGAAUACACCCUACUGGAUGACGACUACACUUUUACACCUGAGGACGAGGUUAUAAAUGAGCUGAAAAUAACCGAAUUGAAGCGACACGAUAUGUUAGCAGUUCUCACGUGCCAGUCAUCAAACAACAACAUCACUGUUCCAUCUUCGCGUGCUGUAACUCUUGAUUUAAACAUAAAGCCAGUGGAGGUUAAAAUUCAUCCCUAUCAGCUACCCCUAUCGGCAGACAAAGAAGUUGAUCUGACAUGCACUUCUAACGGCUCUCGUCCAGCAGCAAAGAUCACGUGGUGGAAAGACAAGAGACAGAUGCAGAACACUCAGGAGAGUGUAAGUCGCGCUGGAGUCAGCACUAGUAUGUUGACGUUCAUGCCAUCUGUUGAUGAUAGUGGGAAGUUUUUAUCCUGCAAAGCAGAAAAUCCUCUCAUUCCAAACAGUGUAAUAGAAGAAGGAUGGAAAUUGGAAAUUUAUU